AUGCCGCAGCCAACUAACCCCCAGUACGGUGCAGGGGACGGCUAUGCACGCAACAUGAAUGGCCAUCCCGUAGACCUCGAAUCUGGGUCUUCAGCACGCGACAAAGCCUUUCCCAAGAACGCACCUCGACCUCUACGACUAAAAGACCGCGUCGUCAGGAUAACAUGGAGUUGGUUCCCCUGCACAAUGUCAACAGGCGGUUUAGCCAAUCUCCUCAACGAACAACCCUACACAUUCACCGGCUUAAAAACCAUCGGCAAAAUCUUCUUCAUCCUCAACAUCAUCCUCUUCCUAACCUUCACAGCCCUCAUCAUUGCACGCUUUACCAUGAAACCCCGCGCCUUCUCAACGAGUCUGCACCAUCCGUCUGAAUCAUUUUUCUUUGGCGCUUUCUGGGUGUCUAUUGCAUUAAUCCUAACGGGCGCGCAAUCGUACGGCGGUCCAGAGACGGGACCGUGGUUCACUACGGCUAUGCGGGUGGUUUUCUGGAUUUAUUAUGCUUGUGAGAUGGUUGUGGCGGUGACGCAGUAUCAUAUUAUCUUUGAGACGGAGAGGCUUGAUAUUUCGGAGGCGUUGCCCGGGUGGAUAUUGCCUGCGUAUCCGUUUUUGGUGACGGGGAUGUUGGCGGCGAAGGUGGCGGGGAGUCAACCGCAGUGGAGUGCUGUGCAGAUUAUUGUUGCGGGUUUGAUGGGCCAGGGACUUGGGUGGAUGCUUGCGCUGUUCAUCUAUGCUGUUUAUCUGUCGAGGCUGAUUCAGCAUAAGUUGCCGGAUGCUUCCAAGAGGCCUGGCAUGUAUAUCGCUGUUGGACCAACAGCCUUUACGUGCGGUGGCCUCAUUGCACUUGGAACACAGGCCAAGUCCACUCUUCCCGACGACUUCCUCAGCACCCCGAGCAUUCCCGCCGGCGAACUCUGGUCUGGAAUGUCAGUCGCAGCAGGACUCUUCAUCUGGCUCAUGGCGAUCUGGUUUUCCGCCCUGUCCGCGAUAUCAGUCCUCCGAACCGUUCGAAGAAUGGAGUUUAGUCUGUCCUGGUGGGCACUUGUCUUCCCCAACGUUGGUCUCGCUCUUGCGACUAUCAAUGUUGGAAACACUCUUUCAUCGAGGGGAAUCAAGAUUUUUGGAUCUGCUUUGACGAUUGUACUGGUUAUCGUAUGGUUUAUCUGUGCGGCUUUCCAUAUUCGCGCCAUCAUCAGAAGGGAUUUACUUGCUGUUGGAAAGGAUCUGGAUGUUGAGCAUGUGAACAAACAACAUGAUAGAAAGGCUGAGAAGCAAAGAGAUUAGCCGACAGAGAUAGAUAAAAAUGCCAAUAUUACUGGAC